AUGCCUCGACACCAGUAUACAGACGUCCGGCCACAGGACCAUCACGAUGAUGACUCGUCGACCGAAGUCGAAUCUCUCGCUGGCGGUGAGAAAGCAUGGACCUCGAAUGAUUACACACAACCAUCAAGAUCACGGAGAGAUAUACUAUGCCCACCGUGCCUAUCAGCCCUGAGAUGGUUCCUGGUGAUCGCACUUCAAGUUGUAAUCGUCGGUCUGCUGGCACGGGAACAAGGCCUGCUGAUGGACUCAAAAUGGACGCGUGCAGCAACAACUAGCGAGAAGGAAGUCGGCGGUGACAUGACCGGUUGGGGUCCACACAUCCCCACCAAGAUCACAACCUUCCAGAUCAACCAAACAUUUGCGCCAUACAACACAUCCGACUUCUUCAAGCCCGAAGUCCUGGCCGCCUGGAACGAGCUUAUUCCCGUAGGCAUGGGCUUCCAGCACAUCAAGCGGCCCGAGCUCUACCACGACCUGCCGACGCCCAUCGUCUGGGACCAGAACAAGACCGUCUUCACUACGAGCAUGACGCACCAGCUGCACUGCCUGUACGCAGUGGUGGAAGUCUACUCCGGGCUGACCAGCGGCACAAAGCUGCCCGAGGACCACCACUGGCACAUGAUCCACUGCUUUGAUUACAUGCGCCAGGCCAUCAUGUGCAGUGCGGAUAUCGCGCUCGAGGGGCUUGAGACGACAUUCCCCGAUCACAACGGUGGGAGUGAUGGGUGGGAUUCGAAGCAUGUCUGCAGGGACUACAGUCAGGUCAAGUCGCAUCUGGAGAAGGUGCGGGCAUACAGCGAUCAGGAGAUUUUCUAG